ACGCCGGUAUCUACCCAUGGUUCUCAGAGGGGGCAAAUUUGAAGGGGCCUUUCAUGUGGAGCCGUUUGUUUGUGUGUCGGGCGGCUCGCUUCUCAAGCUCCUCCAGUGUUUCGCUGCAGCCGGCUGUGGCGUUGGCGCCCUGGAGGUGCUGGUGAAAGGAGCUGGGUGAUUUGUAAUUUGUUUUUGAAGCUGUCCGUGAGUUCUCCUUGCUAAUGAUGUCAGAGAUGAGGUCUGAACGCGGUGCCCUGUGGUCUGAUGCCGAGACCCUGGCGCUGAUCGCCGUCUGGAGCGAAGAGAAUGUGCAGACGGCGCUGGACGAGCAGCUCAGGAACAGCCACGUUUUCAAGUUCAUCUCUUCGCAGCUGCUGGACCAGGGUUAUAUCCGCACUCCGGAGCAGUGCCGCAUCCGCAUCAAGGGGCUGAAGAGGAAAUACACACUGGCCAAGGACAGCAUUAAGAGGGGCUGUAGCGCCAGCGGGAGAAAGAUCUGCCGCUUCUACGAGCAGCUCGAUGUGGUGCUCGGUUCCCGGAUCGCCAACGAGCGGCCCAUCUUUAUGGAUCCGAUCGCGACAACGGGAGAGUCACUGGAUAUCAAAGAAGAGCAAAACAGUCCUCGUUCCGAUAUCAGUCAAAGGGUUGAAUGCCGGAAUGGCCAUUGUUCUUCUGAGGAGCCCGAUCACUCGUUAGGAGAGACUAGCAGCCGUCCAUUUGAACCACAACCCUCCACCAGUGCUUUCUGUACACCCCGUGUGCGACGUGCACACUCAUCUGUGCAACUUGCGCCUCAGCCAAAGAAAGCAAAGAAGCACACACUGGAAGACAUAAUGGAUGGUAUGAUGGAGAAAUUCAUCCGCUACAGUGAAGCUGCUGAUGAAAAAUUUCUACGUUACAUGGAGGCAUCAGAAGAACGAUUUGCUCGUCUUGAGCAACUUCGUAUGGAAAUGGAGGAAAGAAUGAGACAAAGUGAUAGGGAACAUGAAGCCCGUGUUCUGUUCAUGUUGGGACAGAUGAUGGGCCACAAUAUGGCUGACUUUCCAGCCACAUCAUCAACUGCUGAGGGUGAAAUAACUGAAAGGAAAGUAUUUUAGAUCAAAGUGUUCAACUUAUCCACUUAAAAAUGAAGUUUGUAGUGCAUUUUUAUUUUAGAUACAGUAUUUUUUUCUGGUGUGACUGCAUACAGGUUCAUAACCAAAAUAUUUUUCGAUUGUUGCCAAGGUUGCAUGUCAAGUGGUAAACAGUUUUUUUCAGAAGAAAUAUUCAGAGCAAUUGCUCAACAGUAAACCAAUGUGUCUUUGUCUGUUAAUUUCUGGAGGUGAGGAUGGGUGUGGUUUGAGUUCAUGUUUAAAUCAAUGUGAAGUCAGAAGGAAGUAUUCGUAGCAAUGCAAAGAUAGGACAAUUUUAGAACUAAAAUCUAAGAUAAAUUACAAACGUUGAUUCAUAUAAUCCCAAGUGAGAGACAAUACUCUAGUAAUCAAGUAAUCCAAUAUAACAUUUCUGAACCAAUUGAAGGAAAAUGUUGCAUCAAGUUUAUUGCCCUGCCUUUAUUUUUCCUUUUUAUUUCAGCCCAUUGGAAACAAUUUGCUGCAGCACAGCCAGUGUCUUGUUCCAUUGUUUCAUAUUGUUUGUUAUCAAGUCCAGUGUUUCAUGUUGAGUAAUAUGACAUAUAGUUAUUUAAUAUAAAUGAGUCUUAGUACCAUGAAUUGAGUUUUAAAAUGAGUAUUAAAAGAUAUUGUCUGAUUUCUUUUGACUUUCUGGUUUUAGUAAAUGGACUUAACGUGGCCUUAAUGGGACUUUUCCCUUUGCUGUGUUGAAUGGCAUCAGCUCAAACCAGAAUGUUCAUACAUUACUGUUAACUUAAUGGAGGAUCCACCUUCUGUUACUGAUAGAGCAAUAGUUAUUUGUUACUAUUUGUUAGAAAUGCAAUUAUUAUCAUUUUUAAAUAUCACUGUUACUGAGUCAGCUUACUUUUUUUAGCUGAUGUCAGAAAUUCUGAACAAUGAGUUUGAAUUUUUGCUGCAGUAGCCACAGAUGAUGAUGUGCAUUUGAUUUGAGAUACAUGUACUUUGACAUUGGCAAUUGUGAAAUUAAAUAGAGCUAAUGUCGCUUGAAAAAAGAAUUAGCAACUCCCAGGGACCUAACCAAAAACAACAAAUAUAACUGUGUAAAUGUUUUUCUAAACAGGAUAAGAGAGUUGUCUCACCAGCUGUUGUUGAUAACAAAACUGAGAUACUUCUAAGAAGAAACCUAGAAGCCUUAAGCAUAAUUAGUUGAUAGAUGAUUUCUCGUAUAGACAUCAAUUGUAAUUGCUGUGUUCAUAAUGGACUUUUUUAAAAAAAUGCAAAUUAACGAUUAUAUUUUCUUUUAAUUCACUCUCAAUAGUUAUUACCAGGUGAAGGUGCUGAAUAUAACUAAAUUGGAAAUAUGUUAAAUUAACUGGACACUGGAAUAGGAUGGGAAUGACAGUGUUUGUGUUUUAAUUACUAACAUUGAUGAGUAGAAGUAUUCUUCUUGGAAAACACAUUAAAAUAUGCCUAACACUGAUAGUUAUGAAUAACAUAUCUGCAAAAGACAUGUAAACUAUUACAGAUUUUUAGUUACUCUAACUUCAUGCUAAUCAUCUUUGGUCUGUAUACUUAAUGUAUAUUCAUUUGUUUGUAGAUACUUUGUACCCACAGGAACUCAUGUGAAAUCACAGAAAACACUAACCAAAGAAAAGUCUUACAAUUCCCCUAAAGACGGUUGACCUGUAAAAAGAAAUUUGAAAUUCCAAUUAAUAACCAAAAGGAUUACUGUAACAAACAAACAAGGAUAAAGUGCAAAGAUUACACUAUAUCCUUUCUAUAGAUAUUCAAUUCACCAGGAACCUACCAAGGGUUUACUUCUGUUAUUUUCUUGUGUAAGCCAAGAGCUUUCAAUCUCAGAACUGUCUUUCAGGAUGAGGUUUUCCAUCUGCGUUUCCUUCUCUACUGUAUGGUAGGCAAAUCUUGCAGGCUUUUUAAGUCUUCUUGAAUUUGGCCUUUCUUUUGUGGUGGAUCACUUCUAGAUCCUGGCGGAUUAAUCUCUUCUGGGAGUUUUCAGGGGUAUCUUAGACCUAAAUCCUUUCAAAGGUUAUCUCUGUGGCAGUGUGAAUUGCAUGUGUUUUGUGUCCAGAUAGAAUUUCCUUUAAUUUUGGUAGCAAAUACACAACUUAAAGCACAACUGCUUAGAGCUGAACAUUCUCAACACUAUUCUGGGACUUUAGAGACUUAGUCUAUGCAUUAUUAGUACACAGGCUGCUCCUGUUGUGUCCAAGUGUAAACAUGUUGCACUUUCUUUCCAGGAACCUUUUAAUCUCCAAUAUUGUUAGAACCAUGCGGGCACGGUAAACCAAAUGGUUCCUUUUAUCCUGUAACAAUUCUGUCAUAAUCAAACACCCAAACAUACAGACUUCAUAACAAGUUACAUGACUCCCUUCAUUUUACCUUAAAGACAGAGACCCAAACAUAGCAACCUCAAACUUCACAAUUUUAACAAAAACCUUUUUAAACCAUACAGAUAAAUAAACUCUUAUUGAUUCAAUAUUUUAUAUUUUAAGUGGAACAUUGCAGCCAUUAUUGUGUCUACGUAAGGUGAAGAGGGGCUAAAGUAGGCAAGAUCCACAUACGUUUCAAUUAUAAAUGUAAUCCAGCUGAUAUUUCAGGGGGAAAAAACAAGUUCUUGUGAGUGGGUUGAGUGUACAAUUAAAUUGAACCUAAUAAUCUAUCCCAUAAACCAUGAAUACAUCUACUGUUCCAACAGUGGAGGAAGAUUCAUUUUCUCUUUCACUUUGAAGUAUUUUAACAAAUUUUGUGCCAUAGAAUAGAUUGUUGCUGAAAUCAAAUCUAGACUUAAUAUCAAAAUUUGAUUUCAGUGUUGUCCAUUUUCUGAAUGUGGAGUUCAUGAAAGGUUAACAUACAACCAAGACAGUGGAAUCCCAGGAAAAAAGGAAAACAUUUUUUUUGUAAUGCAAGUUUAUUAUGAUAAAGGUAGAGAAUUGCAGUCAUUAGUUCUUUGUGCAGGUAUUCUGGGAGGAGAGUAGUAGAUGAUUUGGGAGAGCAACAACUUCAGUUCCAAACGUCUAGAUCAUUCUUCAACUAGUAUACAGAAAUUUUGCAUUAUUGAUGUAUUGUAGGUAGUGGUUGGACAGCACGCUUGUCAAUCAUCAAUAUCUUUAUGACAUUUACAAUGAUUAACAGUUGAACGUCUAAGGAACAGGAGAUCUGUGAUAUUAUUAGCAAAAUGCUUUGUUGGGUCACUGUGACUCUUGUUGCUUCACUUGCGUAAUCUCUUUGAACCUUCAUAAAAUAUCUUAAUUAUAUCCCCUCUACAGCACAGAAAAUAUUAUGACUGAGAAAAGGUCUGCACGAAAGCCCUGCUUUUAGUACUGUUGAGUGGUUCCCAAGAAAUUGGUGUCUGUUAACUAACUUCUAGGCAACUCACCUGAGAUUGGUUUUUUGUGUGAGGCAACUAUGAAAAGAUAAUCUCACUGUACUCUGUGUGUUAUUGGCCUGAUUAGAGACAAUGCCCUGAGAUCCUAAUCACUCAUUUCAGUUUGUUUAUUUACCUGAUUUUCUUUUUUAUAUUUCCCAUACCAGCAUCCCUUUUUGCUUUUCUUCCUUUGAUUAUUUUCUCCAAUACUUACUUUUUAAUUAGGAGUUCUUGCCAACAGAAGUUCAUUUCUUAAAAUACAUAAGCGAAAGGCAGCACAACAUAAUAGUUCUAGUGAAUACAAUUGACCUGGAGAAUAAUCUGAGCUGGAGCUACACAAAACUUAAGUUGACUUGAAUGAUUGGAAAUGUGACGCGGAGGCAAGCCUACAGCAUAUCUGAUCAAUGUUGAGUAAAGUCAAUGAAGUGCCCUGAUUGCAAUGGUGAUUAACUAAGUUAUAAUAGGCUGUAGCAUCAAGCAUUUAUAUAAUUGAUCAUUGUGCCAUUUAAGUGUUUCUAAAUAAUGCAUUCCACUCUGCCUUUCUUUAAUUCACAGGCCCAAGUUAUUUCUUAAGGUAAUUUUAUCCAUCAGUAAUCGCCUUUGUAGCUGUAUAUUUUUGCAUUGCUCAUUGCACCUUUCAAUAUUUAUUCGUGACACAUAUGGCUUUUUUGUUGCGGUAGGGUAUUUUAUGAUAGUCCUGUUGUGUGCAGCUAAAAUGGAGAAAUAUGUUGAUUGAGUAACUGAACGCACUAUACCCAGAGUAUUCAAUCAGUGCACUGAGCUAUCAUUCCAUAUUUUUUUCUGCCAAACCUUUUUAUCCCAAGCAUUGAUCUUUAUUUUCAGCUUUUCUUUCCACUAUCCCUUGUCAAAAAAUUAACUUUUUCAUUUACUAUUUUUACCAGUUUGUGACUUUAAGCAGUCCAUAAGAUGCUUCAAGAACUAAAAACAUCCACAUUAAACACACUAAGUUACUGUAGCUUCUGCCUACUGUUUACUGGAGCUUCAAAAAUAAUUAGUUCUGGAGCUGUAGAAUGACUUUGCAGAAUUGGUAGUUGAAAUUUAUUAUUAAAAUAAUCUUUCAGCUGUUGUUUGAGCCAACUCCUCAUACUUCUGAGCCAUUCCUCCAUUUUGUUUACAAUAAAUUGUGGCUUAUGGUUAGAUCAUUCUUCAACUAGUAUGCAGAAAUUUUGCAUUAUUGAUGUAUUGUAGGUAGUAGUUGGACAGCAUGCUUGUCAAUCAUCAAUAUCUUUAUGACAUUUACAAUGAUUAACAGUUGAAUUCUGCAAAUCAACUCACCUAUUUCUAGCUAAACAUGGUUUAAAAUGGAGUGGUCAACUAUUUUAAAGAAAGUUAUUUUUAAGUAAUUUCUGCAAAGGUGCAGUUUUGCACUAUCUUGUAAAUAAUACUUCCCAGACUCUGCUUGGUUUAAGGUCUGAAAUGGAUUACUGGCAAAAUCUGUGGCCUUGAAUAAUGCUGCUCCUGAAGAAUUAAUACUGAAACAUGUUAGAGGCCACAUCAUCUUUCAGGACUAUCAUUUUGGCUUUUAAUGCAGUUUUAAAUAGGGCCACUGAGCCAAGAUGAGGCCACAUUAAAGAAGCCCAAACUAGUAGCAAAUAGAAUCUUUAAGUGUUACAAAGAGAUUGAUCUAUUGUAAAGAACAAAUAAAUAGAACAGAAUAUGUUACAUAGCUGAAAUUUGCUAUCAUGGAGCUUUUGGUGAUUGAUCAAAAUAGGGUUGUUUCCAUUUCAGUUGGUUCCAUUUUGGCUUCAUUACUUUAUUUGGCAACUUCGCAGAUGUAGUAACAGUUCUCUUUCUAACCAAAACAUCUGCCUUUUUACUCCGUUCAUAUUUCUAGGAUAAUAAAAGAGUUCCAAAUCAUUUUUCCAAGAGUAAUAUUUCCUCAAUAGAAGCAUGUAUCAUAAACUUUCAGCUGUGGACUUUUAUGCAAGGUUUGGGGUGGGGAUAUCCAGUGUUCCUUUUCUCAAGAAUGUUUCCAUAAUUAUAGGUACAUAGAAAAGUGCAAGUUGCCUGGAUACAUUGGAACAGAUCCUUACCAUGUAAGCCUUAUAUUAUUUAUAGUUUACUGUAAGUUAGUAAUUCUUUACUUCAAUGUCCUUAUGGGUUUUAAAAAUGGUUACAAUUGUAACAAUGAUGUGUUUGCAUCUAUGUAGCUGUGAGAUCAGCUGUUCAAGAUUUCACGUUAAAAAAAGUGUGCUCCCAUGCUGCUAUCCUCUUAUCUGGUUGAAAUUCCAUUGAUUUUUAAAAUGUAGUUGAACCAAAUUUGCAAACGUAAUUUCAAUACUGUUGGUCACUAUAUUGAAAAAACUGUAGCUUUUAAAACUGUUGUUAAAUAAAUGUGUUUUUGUUUCUGUUAUGUCUUUUAAAAGAAAAAAAAUGUGAACAAUUUUGACACUUCUGUUUCUGUAAACGCUGAACUGUUAUCAGUCCUCCACAUAUUGAAAAAUAUGACACCAGUAAUGUCAUCAGCAGUCUUCCACUUGGUUGAUGAUACAGUGGUACUUAUUAGAUUUAGACCUUUCAAGUUAGUGAAAGACCAAUUGUACCUAUGUGUCACUGGUAUGAUAUGAAAUUUCUUCAGUGUAAUAAACU